UGUACAGCAGAGAGUCAAAAGUUCAGAAGGGUAAAGUCCCAGCUACGGUAGCAUAGAAGUCACUAUAAAGGACUCUAACUCACUACAACUAACUUACUACAACUUCAAGACUCACAGCAUCUACUGAAGAGCAAGACAAUAUCAUCAACACUAAGAUUUAAACAACACUGAAGUCAAUGUCUGCUUCCUUCAGAGGCUAUUAGAAGGAAGUGACUGAUUUCAUUACAAAAUGGCUUCUGGUUCAUCUUUCCGAGAGGAGGAUCUCUCUUGUCCUGUGUGCCGUGACAUCUUCAAGGAUCCCGUUCUAGUGCCGUGUGGCCACAGUUUCUGUGAAACCUGUCUGCUGGAAACUUGGAAACAAAGGGAAUGUCCGGUCUGCAGGAGAAAAUGUUCCAAAGACUGGUAUCCUCCUAACCUUUCUCUAGAGAGCCUGUGUGAGACCUUCUCACAGUCACAUACAGGUAGUCAGAAAUCAACAAGCAAGAUAAGCUCUGCACUCUGCGGUCUGCAUGGAGAGACACUGGAGCUGGAGGACAAACAGCCUGUCUGUUUGGUGUGGCAGGAUACAAGACAACGUAACCACAAACCGCUAGCUGAGGCUGUACAGGACCAUAAGGAGGAGCUCCAGACUGCCCUGAAGCCCUUACAGGCGAAACUGGAAGUCUGUAAUAAAGUUAAACUAAGCUGUGAUCAAACAGCUUGGUAUAUUAAGAACCAGGCCCAGAACACAGAGAGGCAGAUUAAGGAAGAAUUUCAGAAGCUUCACCGGUUUCUACGAGAGGAGGAGGAGGCCAGUAUAGCGACACUGAGGGAGGAAGAGGAGCAGAAGAGUCAGACGAUGAAGGAGAAGAUUGAAGAGAUGAACAGACAGAACUACAAGGCCACAGUGAAAAGAGCCCAUUUCACACUGCCGGAUCCACAGCUGGUCUCAGGUGCGCUGAUAGAUGUGGCCAAACACCUGGGCAACCUACAGUUCAGAGUCUGGGAGAAGAUGCAGGGGAUUGUGAAAUACAGUCCUGUGAUUCUGGACCCAAACACCGCUUACCGAUAUUUCGUCCUGUCUGAGGAUCUGACCAGUCUAAGAUUCUGUGCGAGUCAGCAGCUUCCUGACAACCCAGAGAGGUUUGAUUACAAUGCAUUGGUCAUGGGCUCCGAGGGCUUUAACUCAGGGACACACAGCUGGGACGUUGAGGUUGGGGACAGCACAGUCUGGUCCGUGGGUGUCGUACAAGAGUCUGCCCAGAGGAAGGGAAACAUGAAGCCUGAAAGGUGGAUUGUGUAUUAUAGUGGAGGUAAAUACAGAGCAUGCCCCACAUCAGGGCCAGGUGUUCCUAUCACAAUGAGACCAAAACCCCAGAGGAUCAGAGUGCUGCUGGACAGGGACCGAGGACAGCUGUCAUUCUCUGACCCUGAUAAUAACACACACCUGCACACAUUCACACACACCUUUACUGAGCAAGUCUUUCCAGCCAUGGGUCACGUCUCUAAAGUUCACCGUCUGAGGAUCGUACCAGGGAAGAUCUCUAUAAAGAUGGUUGACUCUCAAAACCGUCUGUAGAGUCCGAACGGUUUGGCUUACAGACUAUUAUGACGCCUCUAUGGAAAGAUGAGCCUCUCACGAACAUAUACAUGUCGGUUGUUUUCCUCACAAGUUUUUGUUUUAAUUAUGGAAGUACAAUGCCUUCGGAGGUAUUCAGACCCCUUGACUUCUUCUAUAUUUUGUUACGUUACAGCCUUACUAUAAAGUCAAUUUAAUAAAUAAAAAUUCUCAAUUCUCUAGGGAACAAACUUCCUUAGGAAUGUUUUGGGAAACUAUCUGUUAUUCAAUGUGUUUCUAUGGGCUAAUAGCAGUAAGGACUAUCUGUUAUUAGCAGUAAGGACUAUCUAUUGUUCCACGUAGUGAAUCUGUUAUUCAAUGUGUUUUAAUUGGCUAAUAGCAUUAAAGGCCAAGUUCAAUUUUUCAUCAAAUAUAUAUUUUUUUAAAUGUUUUCUUUUGAUACUUCAAGGAGUCUUAAAAUUCUAAAUGAAAUAGCUAAAGGAUCCUUAGAAUGAACUUAAAACACCGACCAGUGACGUUUCAACUAACCCUAACUUAUCUACGUAGGGUUAAGGUUAGAGCUAGUGUUAUAGGGUUAGUUGAAAUGUUACUGAAUGUUACUGAUAGUCUGUAAAUAGUCUUCAUCUACAAGAUGGCCCUAUGUAAAUUAAAGAGUUGACCCCUAUUUGGGUUGAACCAAUGCAUUUUCAUGUAGUAGCGUUUUUUGGUAAUAAACAGUCAUACAUUCUAUUUUCUGUGUCAAAACGUUUAUAUAUUUUACUUUUGUAAAACUUUUAUGUAUUUUACUUUUAUAAAACUUUUAUAUUCCACCAAACACACACACAAGAUGUGGUUUGUUCAGCAUGUUGGCAUUGCAGCUAUUGAAGUUCCACCCAUCAUGUGAAACUUCAUGAUCUGAACGAGAAUAAAAACACAAACAACACUUCAACGACUAAUGAUCAGGGUUUCAUCCACAUUUUAUUUUUAAUAUCUUAUCUAGUUAUUCUGAAAUGUCACUGAAGUCAAAGUAACAGUCAUACUUUUAUUCUCUUCCUGGAGCCCGAGAGACAAAUAAACAAACACACACACACAAUAACUAAUAUCUUCCGAUAUGUGAUCAAGCGUGAAGCUUUCUAGGUUGACAAAUGGUAUAAUGGCAUCAUGUGGGGCCGAAGCUUGAGCUGGUUUAAAAAUAAAUAAAUGAAAAUCAGUUCUGAUUGAUUCUGACCAGACGGUCUCUAUAUUAUGAUUUUCUCUACAUCUCUAGCCAU